GAUGAGCAAAGACGUCUCUUUCGAGUCUCCGUUAAACCAGGAAGCAGAUCGUAUGGGGUCUGUUAGCAGAGUUAGCUAUGUUUAGGGGUGUAAGAUGAAUAUUUGUGCCUCUGCAGCAACAAUGUCUUUAUCCCAGUCUUUGAGAGACUUUGUUAGAGAGCGACUGAGCGCUGCUGCUGAAGAAAUUUUCAUACAGUUUGAUAAAACCAUCGUCCAGUAUGAGGAAGAGCUGGAUCGUCAGCGGAGACUGCUGGAAAUCUGCUGGAAACCCCAAAUGAACCUGCAUAGAAUAGGCUUCCCACAGGAAGAGGAGGUUCUCACUUACCACCAGGAGAGGAGUCCCGGUUUGCAACAAAAUAAUCCAGAACCUCAGCGAAGUAAAGAGAGACUAGAAAGACUAGAAAAGGAGCAAAUGCUAGAGAAGCAGAGAAAUGUUGAAGUAUCACAGAUAAAAGAUGAACCAGAAGAGCUAGAACCUCUGCAGCUGCAAAAGAGCCAUGGGGAACAAGAAUGUUUUUAUACAAAAGGACAGCAAGAAACACAACCACCAAGAGUCAAGGAUGAACAGGAGGAAGUCUUCAUCAGCGUGACUAAAGAGCAGCUAGAACAAAAACAAGAGAUUGAUGCCAUCAUAGUGAAUCCAACUUAUGAAGAAGGAGACUGCUGGGAACCAGAUCCAAACUCCGACCAACUUUUUGCCCACAACCAAAUCCAGGAAAUGAGUGAAAAUAAAAAUGAAGACUCAGGAUCCAGUAGAAAUGAAGAACUGAAGCUAAUUAAGAGGCGUCAGAAAAUCAGAGGUCACAGUGACAAUGUAGGGUAUCAAACAGUAAAAACUCAGAAGAAAACACACAUUAAUAAUAAUCUGUCUCCCUGUAAAGUGUGUGGUAGGCUUUUUGCUCGGAAUUACUUGAAUCAGCACAUACGAACUCACACAGGUGAGAAGCCUUUUUCAUGUUUGACUUGUGGAAAACGUUUCAGUGAACGGGGAAACUUAACUAAGCACAUAAGAACCCAUACAGGUGAGAAAUCCUUCUCAUGUUUGGUUUGUGGUAAAAGUUUUGUUCAGCAAAUCCAUUUGACUCGUCACAUUAGAACUCACACAGGCGAGAAGCCCUUCUCAUGUUCGACCUGUGGCAAAAGUUUCUCUCAAAGUAGUAGUUUGUCUGGUCACAUGAGAACUCACACUGGGGAGAAGCCGUUCUCAUGUCUGACGUGUGGACAAAGUUUUAGCGAAAGAGGAAGUCUAUUUCACCACAGCAGGAUUCACACAGGUGAGAAGCCUUUCUCAUGUAGAACCUGUGGAAAACGUUUUUGUCAAAAAAGUAAUUUAACUGUUCAUAUGAAAAUUCACAGAGGUGAGCUGGUUUAGUUUUGUGAUAAUCCCAGUAUCAGAAAACUACUGUACUAUUUAAUAAAUUAGAAUAUUUAUUCAGAGGAGGCCUGUUGUCAGAUUAAAAGUAUUUUUGAAAAUAACCUUUAAGCAGGUUUUAAAUAUACUUUUCCAUAAGCCCAAAUUUUUUGGAUUACUUUCUUAUUGAUCUGAUGUAAUAUUCUAAUUUUAAAUGCCAUGCUUUUAUAAGCUGUAAGUGGAAAAUCAUAAUUAACAGAAAUAAAGGCUUUCAAACAUCCGUCUGUGUGUAAUUGAUCCAUAUAAUGUUUUGUGAUAAAGUUCCUAAAAUUAGCUUUUCAAUACUAUUUUUUUUAAUAUUGACAGUUUAUGAACUACAGAGAGAACUCUACUCUCACGUUUGCUUUCUUUUGUUUUUUUACUUCAGCAUCAUCAACAUGUUCACCAGGACCUUUCGCGUUCUGAGGCAUCUUAUUUUUGCUCCAGCCCUGUAUUUCUAUGGGAUUCCAGGACUAUUUGAUAUACACAGUAGAUCUGAACAAGGGGUCGUCUCCUGUUUGGUUCUGGUUCCACAUGCAACAUAAGUAGGAUUCACCAUAAAGGAAUUCCCUUGCUUCAGUUCAAGCUCCUUGUUCUCCAGGCUGAUGCAAAGUUCCUGAUGCAAGAGGAUCUUUGUUCAUCUUGUUCUGUUUUUUUUCCAGACCUUCCACUUUAUUCUGGUUGUCUUCUGGCUCUACUUCCCUCUUGUAGUUGAUGUUUACCAAACUUUCUUGUUCACUUUGAAACUUAUUCAUGUGCUGAAGUCGUAGUUUUUCUUGGUCCAAACCGGAGUGUCUCUCCUAAUUACAGAAGUGUUGGUCAUUGAGACACUGUGGAAAAUCAGGAUGGACAAAAAGGCAAAACGGAUUAUUAAUGUGACCAUUAAAAACACCACUUCGCUUUGACGACUUAAUGCAAUUGAAAAUAUUUUUGGAAACUGUUGAUCCCUCAAAUUUAUGUAUAAUCAAAUACAGGUCCAUUUGCAGAAAUAAACAUGAGAAGCGUUAGUCAAAUGGGCUCUUUACUUAUAAACAGUAUGUUCUGUAAUACAAUGUGAUCUCUCUCAGAUUCCUGAACUGGAGUCUUCUUGUUUGACUGAAGAAGACAAUUUUACUGACGCAUAUAAAAGGGGAAUUAUUUCUGUUGAGAUUAGACAAUGGAUCUUUUCACAGCUGAUGAAAUCCAGACUUCUCUCCAAUUGAAUAUUGUCAGAGUAACACAAGCCAUCUUUUGGGAUUUGAGCUUUAAAGCCAAGUAUUUAAUUACCCUUUGGCAUCUAUGAUGUAUCUUUGAACUGUCGUAACCUGAUGAGUUUAUGU